GUCAAAAUAAUAUUUUGACUUUUGACCAAAAGUCAAAAUAAUACAGUAUCCGUGUUGCUGUGUUGUAAUUUAUCUAUCUAAUUUCCGAGAAAAUAACGUUAAUAACUCAUACAUUAAAAACAGAACAACGUCUUGAUGAUUUGUUCUUAUCGUCAUGGCCAAAAGGAAAGCGGCUGUGAAUGAUAUCAUUUAUGAAUUGGACAAUGAGGACAUCGUUCUCAGUAGUGACGAUGAGGUUAAAACACCCAAAAUAAAUCGUUUGGAGACAGUAAAUAAUAUAAUCACUAUCUCGGACGACAAAGAUGUUAAAAUAGACAAUAGUUUAGAAUUAAAUAAUGUAGAUAAAUCAAUCGAAGACGGCGAAAUCGCAGCUGAAGCGCCUUUGCACAAUGGAGGGAAAAUUACGACUGACUUAUCAAAUGAUACUCCAAAGCGUAUUGAUUCCGUACAUACUCCAAAAGAUACUAGUUCUCGGGGUGAAGACGAAGUGGAUAACGUGAAAAAAAUAAUUAGCGAAGGUUCUAAGACUACGAUAUUUAACGAGGACAUAGUGAUAGACUCGCCGGGAAACAGCGACUUGGGAGUCGAGGGAUGCGAAAAUCGGACUCCUUUGGUUACAGUACGAUUUAAGGACGGUAAGAUGGCGAGUAUAUACAAGGAGAAGGUGAAAGCAUUUAUGAUAAAACUUAUAAAGAUCCAUGAAGGCGUCACUGAAGGAAUGAAUACUGAGACUGACAUUGAACUAGAUAUUUGGCCUGAAGACUUGAAUGAUAGUGAAGUACACAACAAUACUUCUGAAGUCUCAGAGGAAAGUAGCUUAUUCUUCGUAGAUACUGACCCCUGUGUGGACCGGCCUAAUUUAGUCCCUAGAUACAGACAGGCUUCAACACUCAUCUCAAAUACUCCUGAGAAGGAAGCUUCUCCUCCCCCAUUGAGAAGAGGACCGACAUGCUUCAAUUGUGAUGGUGCUCAUCAACUCAGAGACUGCACUGUACCCAGAGACCACGCUAGAAUAGCGGAGAAGAGAAAAGCUAUGAAUUCUUCUAGAGUUGGACGAUACCAUGUAGAAGAUGAUCAGAAAUAUGGGCAUUUAAUACCUGGCAGAAUAUCAGGACAGUUGCGGCAUGCCCUGGGGCUGAAGAGAAAUGAAUUGCCACUGCAUAUCUAUCGUAUGAGGUUAUUAGGAUACCCACCUGGCUGGUUAGAAGAAGCCAGGAUAUCACAUUCUGGUAUCUCCAUGUUUGAUUCAAUGGGUAAUGCUAUACAGGACCCAGAAGAGGAAGAAGGCGAAGUGGCUGAGCCUGGCAGCAAGGACAAGUUUGACAUCAAGAAGAUUUUGGACUUCCCCGGGUUUAAUGUACCCGCCAGCUCACGGUACAUCGAGGAGUCCCAACAAUUCGGCUUACCACCAAUGUCGGAGCAGGACAGUAAGAUGGCGAUGCUUCAAUACCUGGCCCCCAACGCUAUGAAAGCGUACAAGCGCAAGAAACUCACAUUCUUCCCGUCAGCAUCCACUAACACCACGCUCGAGGGGCAGGCAGAGAUGGAACUUGAUAGUGGAGAUGAAGUAGCACAAUUUCCCUCCAACCCUCCAUUACCGGAUGAAGCGCCGCCCCCUCCUCCCCCUCCUCCAACGACGCCACCACCACCGCCGCCGCCAGGCUCACCACCACUACCGCCACCACCUCCCGAAGACAAACCUGAGAGCUCAGAGGAUGAUCUCCAAGUGGUCGAGGUCCUCAAAGUCGGAGAUAUACCAGUGCCAAAGGUUGAUCUGUCCAGUGAAAAGGAGGAUACCACCAUGCAAAGCAGUGGACGCAGCAGCCCCACAUUAGAUGACUUAGAAGAGAAGAAACGCCUCCUUUUAAGUGCUUUACAGAAUGAUUCACCUCUUAACACAUCCGUUAUCACUAUACUGGACACUACAGACGAGAAUAUGCUAGAUAAAACAAUUGACGAUACUGUAAAUAAUGAUGACAAUGCUAAAGAAGAAAAUGCAAAGGUUGGCGUCAGCAGUAAUGACAACACUCAACCUGCCAGCAAUAACACGGAACUCUCAAAUGACAAAAUAAUAGAAGAAAACAGACUUGAACCAACGCCAGAGCCAUCAACAUCAACUGCAGAAAAUAAUGACGAGGAGGUGAACAAAAAAGACAGUACUCCAGAAGUUCCCUCGACACCAGAAUCUAAGCCUGGUCAGGUUAAAGAAACGCAGUAUGGUACACCAGUCAUGAACAUAGCUUCCUCGUACCUCAAACUACCAACAGACGAGAAAUUCGCAAAAGAUAUUUGUGACGUCAUCAACUUUGAAAACUUACCCAAUUCGACAGGAAAGUACAAGAAAAUAAGUGCAUUACUUAGGAAAGUUAAGAAUGAAGUGGAUAGGAUACAGGACUCAUGAUGCACGGAAUCCCCUUCUGGGGAUGGGACCUAAAACUGUUGACGUUAUAUAAUGCAAAGUAUGUACGGAAUUGUUAGUGUAUUUGUAAAAUUGAGCCGACGUAUUUUUAUACUACUCAAUAGAUUAGGACAAUUCCAUUUUUGGAUAUCGAGCAAUAUUUUAGAAGGUAUUUGUGUACUGUUGUGUUAUUUUUAAUUAAAUAAUUGUUAAUUUCAGUUACCGAGACAGUGGUGCGUUUUAGCAUAAUAUAUGUAUAGACAUGUUAACAUUUACAAGUGUUAAUAUUAUUGUAUAACAUACAGCCGUUUCCAUGUUUUAAAACAAUUUGCAUUUUACAGUGUUCAUUUUCCAUUGCAAUACACAGUUUUGUAAUA